AAACAAAAACAUUAAGAAACAAAACGAAACUCAUUUGGACACUUGAAAUUGCAUUGUAGUUGCCGCUGUUUAUGGCACUUUGACUAUGAAGCGACGCAUGCAACUCUUAGCCGUUUGGCUUGGCCUAUUGGCCACGGUCACCUAUGGACAGACGCAGCAGGAAUCCUCCACGAAAUGGUCGCGACAGCUGGAAUCUAUUGGUGGCCCCGACACGGAUUCCUUGGACUGGGUGCCGCUAGCGCAGCCGCUGGAUGACAGUAGCAAAGAUCGCUCGGGGAAUGGACGCGUUCUGACCUAUUCACAAUCCUUUCCGCCAAGCGCUCGUUUUGGUGAUUUGAACAAGCCAACUGCCGGGCAAUUUGACUUUCCAUUUAAUUUCCAACGUUAUUCAAAUGGAGCACCACAGGCGUUGCAGUUGCGCCACCAGGGACCACCGCCACUGAAGAGCAGCUCGAUUGGGCAGGAGCCCACGUCGCAGUCGUUCUUCAAGUUCGAGAUGCCCUUCCACAAUGAGGGCAAUCAGGCUAACGCGCCACCAACACUGCAAACAGGAUAUCAGAUCCAGCAUUCCUUUGGUGGUGCUGGCCUACCUGCACCAUCCUCGCUCUUCAGUCCACCUUCACUCUUCGGGCAGCAGGGACAGCAACGUUUCUCCGACUUUCAAACGCUACCCCAGAAACCGCUGAGCAAGCCUCUGCACCAGCAGAACUAUAUACAGGAUGUACACCCUCUGAAGACUCAUGGUAAACCCUUACCCACUCAGGCUUCCCUGCAAAGCGUUACACCCCAAGUGUUUCCCGUGGAUCCCGAACCGGAAAACUUGUUUGGCUUAAAUAAACAGUCAUCGCCGUCGGCAGCAUCGUCUGUUAACAAUCAGCAGGAGGUGCAACUGCUUUACGUACCCUACGAUACCCUAUACAAUCAGCAGCGUCAACAGUCUCAAGGAUCCUCGGGUCUCGGCUCGAACAGCAACUUUGAGAUAAACAAGUUCAAUGUCAAUGCUGGCCUACCCCCUGUCAAUCCUUAUCAGAUCAAUCAGUUCUACACACAGGAUCCGAGUGUAGGCAGUGAUUACUUCGGCUCCGGUACCACCACACGACCCAGUACCAGCACCAGCACUACCACACAGCCACAGCACAUCUUCCAGAGUUUCGGACAACAUCAGCAGCCACAAGCUCAGGCUCAAUCCCAGUUCACCACGGUCAAGCCUAAGCCGAAGGCUCAUCAGCCACCGCUAGCAAUGUUUCUUCUGCGUCCCAAUGCGCGACCCACGCAAUCCGAUGUGGUUGCUGCCCUGCGCAAUGCCCGCUCCAUUUCGGUCAUUGAUGCGCCUACGAAACAGACACCUGACAUUUUUGUAGGACCCGCUGGAAUGUCAAUACCGGAUGGCUAUGUGAAGUUCGAUCUGCCCUAUCUCUCGCAACUGACGCAUUCGCGUGAUCUCGGCGACGUAUCAUUCUUUGUGGCACCGCUUAGCUAUCGCACGCCCAAUGGAUUCAAUAAGAUUCUACUGCCUGAGCCGCAUGUCGGCUCCAUUGUUAUCAAUCGGGCCAAGGACAGUGCCUCCAUUCAGGAGCAACCUCUGCGCACACAGCGUCCUUAUGCCACGCCAGCGGCUAGCACACGCAAUCCCUUCGAGAGCACUACACAAUCGGGACCAGCGCCCACCCGUGGAAACAAAUUCAGCUACUAUUAUGUGCAGGAUGGUAAUCAGGAGGGAGCUGCUGCGCCGCCCAAGCAUUCCGUCAAGCAGGAACGCCAUAAGAAGAAGCGACCUCAGCAUGUCGCCGUAGAGCCGCCCGUUUAUCGAGCACCCGCCAAGACGCCCAAUCCCUUCGACACCCUCAAUCAAAUCGGUGGCGAUGACUUCUUCAGCUCGCUCAGCACAAAGGCCAGCCCCUCUACAAGCAGCUCAACCAGCAGCAGCACCACCACAACCACUUCGACCACCUCAACAUCAACAACAGCUACACCACAGACGCUCUUCACCUACGGCUCGCGACCACAGGUGGAGUUCCCCAGCUCAAAUGGCCAGCUCUAUCCACAGUUCGAGACAGCACCACAGCUUGCACCGGAGCCACUGCCACGCCUCACGACACGACCACCCACUUCAAGUACUGUGCAGCAGGAGGAACACCGUAUGAAGCAGUAUUUCCGCCAACAGGAUGCCUUCCGCCAGCGUCCACUAACCACAAAUCCACCUUUCGAACAACUGCAGUACACACCCACUUCGCCAGACUACGAUGUCCCAUUGCCCACAACGACACAAAAGACCAAACACCGGUUGAGCCUCUAUACGCCAGUGACCACCUCCGAUGUUGGCUACAAUGUGGAGCAGCAGGCGCCACUCAACCAUCGACCCAUUUACAAUCAGAACGAGGUCUUAGACAACAGCAAUGUGGAGUUCGAUCCGAAUCCGUAUCAUAUACCCUCCGAACUCCCUGCGUUGACACCUGAUAUUCCCGGUCUGGUCAACAAUCUGCAGGAGAAGGACAAACUUGCUGCCCCAACGACGCCACUGAGCGAACCCGAGCCGGAAACGCGUCCCACUCGCCGUCCAGUGUUGCGCACGCGCAAGCCAGCAGUCACCAAGGUAGUGACGACAUCAUCGGUGUCGUACUCGGAGUCCGAAAGCAGCUCCAAGCAGCCAACGCAUCGCAUUCGUCGUCCAUAUGGCAACAGAGGCAACGUCGAUAAUGUCGAGGAAUCUCCGAGCACCACAAGGCGUCCGGCUACCUCGCGUAAUCCUCUGCUACGCAAUCCUAAUCGCAUUCGCUAUCAGCCUACCAAUGAGGAGCGUCAUACGCUCAAGACCAGGAAGAAGCACCACAAGGGUUCGAAGAAUGACAAGCCCACUGUGGAUCAGGAUUUGGAUUACCAACGCGACGUGCUGAAUCAGAAUUAUCCAGUUUUUAAGGCACCAUCUCGUCGUCCCACCAGUCCCACGGCAAUACCCGGUGCCUAUGAUGUGGGCAGCACCGAAGGACCCGCGUCGGAGUCGCAACAGGUUUACACUGUCACGCCCAGCAAUAGCAUCGAUCAGGGCGAGCAAGGAUCCGUAUAUCCACCCAGCCUAGAGCUAGAGCCCAUGCAGAUAGCACAACACUACAAUGAGUUCUCAAAGGACAACUAUGGACCGGGCUACUUUCCCAACCAGGAGGACCUCAAUCCCACAGAGGCGAUUGUCCGUAACGAAGUGAGCCCCAUUUUCACCACACUGGCAACAACCGCAGCACCUACAACCACGACUACCAGCACCACCGUAAGGACAACCACUGAGGCGCCUGUGACAACAACGACGCGUCGUUCACCCUUCAUCCGUCGCAAUUAUCCCAGAGUGCGCACUACCACAACAACGGAGCCAUCUGUGACCACCACAACGCCUUCAGAGGAGCGCCCAUCCAUUCGCUCACGCCUGCCGCCACGUCGGGUGGUCAAGGUGCGUCAACGUCAGCGUCGUCCCGCGCAUCCGGCCUCGUCCACAACCGCGCCCGAUGAGGCAGAGGAGCCCGUUACUCCGAGACAGCAUCUGCGCAAACUGAGUCGCUACCAUCAGGAACAGCCCGAGAAGGUGAAGGAGCAAGCACCACUGACGCCACGUCGUCGCUAUAAGCAACCCUUCCAGCUGGAGGGACAGGAGUCUCAAUGGUCACCAGCGUCCGAGACGGUCAACAGCAACACUGCGAGCAACACAAACAGUUUCAAGCCUCUCAAUCCCAAAUAUGGCUCCGGCAAGAGUGAAUCACACAAUUUCGAGAAUGAGCCAGAGAUUGUGACGGCUGGACCCACGGAUCAACCAGAAACCUACGAGUUCAACGUAGCUGCCAAUCUUGGUGGAUCCGCUGGAAAGCGAACUACGCCCUCUCUCAUGGCGCCCAACUUGAAACCCGAAAAAUCGUUUGCGGAGCUACUGGAGGAGGUCAUGGGAAAAGCGCCCGAGGAACUGGCCACGGAGUUGCCUACCAGCAGCACAAUUGGACGCGUCAAUAGGCGUGGCAAGUGGAAGAAAACUCGCGUCUCAGGCGGCACAGAUAAUGGCGAGAAUUUCGAGACAGCCGAAUCACAGAAUUUGGGUCCACAACUCUACAAUUCGCUGUACUCUACCACCGCUGAAAUGGAGGAGAAACAAAAGACAACAACCCCAUUGUUGCCAACUACCGAAGCGCCAACAACUGUCGCUGAGGUUGAGAUGAUGACCACCACAGCAGCCGCGCCCAGCACACCCGAAGAGUAUGAGGUAACCACCUCCAGGACACCGGAUCUGACAACCCUGGCGACAACGCCCGCGAUGAGCGGGGAGAGCGCCACCCGUCGCAUGGACACAGCAGCCGAUGUCGAUGACUUGGAAACGCAACCGAGCAUCUUCUCGGAGGUGCGACAACAGCUGCACGAUCUGUUCGCCAUCGAGGAGAGCGAUGAUGAGGCGGCCGCUGGUGCUCUGGCGGCUGUCGGCAAACGUCGUCAGGAGUACACGAGCAUCAAGCGUACGAAGCCAGUGACGCCCACAGAGAGCAGUACGCUGGCGGCCACGGAGAUGCCGGCUAGCAGCACUGCUGCCACCAGGGACAACUUCCACAAGGAUCUAAUGGAGCAUGUUGUCUAUGCGACGUCCACCUCAACCAAAGUUACCUCCGAGACAGAGAUUUGCUAUCGCGGCCGCUGCAUACGCUCCGAGGAUCUGCCCUCCAACCACAAACUUCACUGAGCGUAGAGGGAGCCCAAAUGCUCCACAUGUAAAUACGGACAACGAUACGUGGGCAGGAUAUCGAGACGUGAGGCUACGCCUGCAUUUUGACCGGAUCGCGUAGUCAGCAUAGCACAGCACAGCACAGCGCAAAACGCUCCAAAGUUUCCACUUCUCCGCCACAAUUUCGCUAGUAAUUACUUAGCUUUAACUAUACGAAUAUGUUUUAAGGCUUAAGCGAAUAUAGAUUUAUAAAUACUUACAUAUAUACUUAUGUACUUAUUUAUCAUAUUCUAUAUGUAUUCGAAAUUUUGUAGUAAAUGUAGUAGUUCAAAUAAAUUAGUAGCUUAGAAUACUCUUACUUAAUGCAUAAUAUCACAUAGGCAGUAUAAGAUUUGUACAAUAUAAUAAUGAGAACUAACAAAUAAACAAUCGAAAUCGUUACAU